GUGUGUCUUCCUAGAUCGUCGACGGCGGCCGAUUAGCCGUGGUACUUCCAGCGCAUGCGCCCCGAAGGGUGAGAGGUCGGCAAGAUGGCGGCGGCCUCCUCCGGGGAUGAGGUGCCGGACAACGAGGACUAUUACUCGCUGCUGAAUGUGCGGCGGGAGGCCUCUCAGGAAGAGCUGAAAGCCGCCUAUCGCAGGCUGUGCAUGUUGUACCAUCCAGACAAGCACAGAGAUCCGGAGCUGAAAAGGCAGGCCGAGCAGCUCUUUAACCUUCUUCAUCAGGCUUAUGAAGUGCUUAGUGACCCACAGACAAGAGCCAUCUAUGACAUAUAUGGGAAGAGAGGACUCGAAAUGGAAGGAUGGGAGGUGGUGGAGAGGAGGAGGACACCGGCUGAAAUCCGGGAGGAAUUUGAACGUUUGCAGCGGGAGAGGGAAGAGAGAAGGCUUCAGCAGCGGACGAACCCCAAGGGGACGAUCAGCGUUGGAAUAGAUGCCACUGACCUCUUUGAUCGCUAUGACGAGGAAUAUGAAGAUGUGUCCAGCAGCAGUUUCCCCCAGAUUGAAAUUAACAAAAUGCACAUAUCCCAGUCCAUUGAAGCCCCGCUUACUGCCACGGACACAGCGAUCCUGUCAGGAAACCUCUCCACGCAGAACGGGAACGGAGGUGGCUCUGUUAACUUGGCUCUUCGGCGGGUGACGUCUGCCAAAGGUUGGGGAGAGCUGGAAUUUGGAGCCGGAGACCUGCAGGGCCCGUUGUUUGGUCUGAAAGUAUUUCGGAAUCUCACACAAAGAUGCUUCGUCACGACAAACUUUGCGCUGCAGUUCUCUUCUCAUGGGAUGCGGCCAGGCUUUACCACCGUCCUGGCAAGGCACUUGGAUAAGAACACUAUGGGGUACUUGCAGUGGCGCUGGGGUAUUCAGUCAGCGAUGAAUACAAGCGUUGUCCGGGACACAAAAACCAGCCACUUCACCAUGGCAUUUCAGCUGGGCAUCCCUCACUCCUUCAUGAUGGUCAGCUACCAGCAUAAGUUUGAGGACGAGGAGCAGACGCGGGUGAAAGGAUCUCUCAAGGCUGGUUUCUUUGGGACCAUUGUGGAAUAUGGAGCAGAGCGGAAGAUCUCCAGGCACAGUAUCCUCGGAGCCACCGUAAGCGUCGGUGUCCCUCAGGGAGUGUCUUUGAAAAUCAAGCUAAACAGAGCCAGCCAGACGUACUUCUUCCCCAUUCACCUGACAGACCAGCUGCUGCCCAGUGCAGUCUUCUAUGCCACUGCCGGACCCCUUGUCAUCUACUUUGCUAUGCACAGGCUCAUCAUCAAGCCCUAUCUCAGAGCCCAGAAGGAGAAGGAGUUGGAGAAGCAGCAGGAGAACACUGCCAGUGAUAUUCUACAGAAAAAGCAGGAGGCAGAAGCUGCUGUGCGGUUGAUGCAGGAAUCUGUCCGAAGGAUAAUCGAGACAGAGGAAGCGAGAAUGGGCCUGAUCGUGGUGAACGCCUGGUACGGGAAGUUUGUCAAUGACCAAAGCAGGAGGCAUGAAAAGGUGAAAGUCAUAGACGUGACGGUGCCCUUGCAGUGCCUGGUGAAGGACUCCAAGCUCAUCCUCACAGAAGCGUCCAAGGCUGGUCUGCCCGGGUUCUAUGACCCUUGCGUUGGGGAGGAGAAGAGUCUGAAGGUGCUCUACCAGUUCCGAGGAGUUCUACACCAAGUGAUGUCUGCCGACAACGAGGCCCUUAGGAUACCAAAGCAAUCUCACCGGAUAGACACGGAUGGCUAAUUUGGCAGUGAAGCAGGGAAGAUGCUAGGUUCUGUGCUGGGGUCAACAGAAACCGUGCCAUCCUUCCUCCUUCCUGGAUUCAGCAAGUCUUCAGGGUCACCGGAGACGCCUCUUAAUUUUAUGAUCUUUAUGGAAAGGCUGGUUUUUACACCAAUUACGUUGCAGGACAAAUGAGAUGAAGCAGCUUUCGAUGAGAGCAAAACCUGGGUGCUGCUGGGCUGAUGCAGCCAGCAUGUGACAGUUUCUUGUCUUGCCCCAGGUGUGUGGGGGGGGGUGGAGCAUGGGGGGAAAACCCCUCCCCCCUGCCCAGGACCCUAGCAUCUUCAGCCAGGGGGACUUUGGGGAAAGGAGGCUAUAGCAGAUGAGAUGGAAAUAAGAGUUGUUACUUUCAGAGAAAUAGGGUUACUCACGUCAAACGAAGAAUAUGGCAGCUUAAAGGAAUUAACUGCCUCAGCCCACCACCUGUCUGCCCCCCUCCCCCCGCUUCUGGAGGGGAAAACCUGUGUGUCCUCAGCAAGGCAAAGACUGCGUAGCAAUUCCCAUCUCUUCUGAAAUCAAAACACAACUUGUAAUGCAAUCCUGUCCUGGCCGUACGGUCAGCUUAGCAGUUGAUCAUGCCCAGUGGGGAGCAGAGGGGACAUGCUCGAUAAGAACAGCACUCCUGGCCGAUUGCCCACAGUCCCGGGGAUUAAUUUAGCCGCACGUGUUUUCUUCCUCGUCAAGCUAGGAGAAGGUUGGGUGGACUGGCAUUGGGGAGGCCAAACAGAUGCAAAACAAGCGUGCCAAAUAAGAGCAAACCUCUACACAAAAGGGCGACCGCCUUCUCUGAUGCUGUGGUACGUUGCGUGUGUUAAUUGUACCUCCGGGGAGGAAGCUGCUGUUGUGCCACCCAGAGCAGCUGCACCACCUGUUUUGGCAGCCUCCAUGGAAGAGGAAUGGCUGCUGGCAUGCCAGACUUGCUCCUGGUCCUUCCUCCAAGCACCUGCUUUUAUUUUUAUGCAAACUUCCCAAAAAACAGGUGCAUCGAAACAGAAACGAGCAUUGUCGCAACUGGUAUUCCUUGAACUCGAUGCGCUUAUUAUAUAAUUCACCAUCAUACGGUUCUUUUGCGGUCCUUAGUGAUUUCUCUUUCCUGGGCCAGCAUUUUGACCUCGCAAUAAGCCGUAGCCUUUACCCUGAGCAAAACAAUAGGAGAUUCCAAGGAAUCUUAGAUGUGGCCUGCCACACUCCUGCUUCUUCAUCCUCAAAAUCACGUAUAGUUCCCCUUCUUUCUUAUUUGACACAUAUCUUCAUCUCUGUUGCCAGCUCCACCUGCUCUUCCAUUCAUUUCCCUUUAACUGUUUGUUGUGCAGUAAAAAUUCCCGUUCCCCACAAAGGUCCCUCUUCUACAGGUGAAUUUUUGUCCAGUAUCCUUUAAAGCUGAUGGGAGAAGAAAUACUUUGCAGGGCUAUAGUAAUCCCCCUAGGAAAGUAGCAGGGGCAGUAAAUGACAGUGUUUUUAAUCUGACUCCAGGCUUGGGAGGGGAUUUCUGAGGGACUCUGCGCAAAGCACAAGAAGGCACGUGGGUUUCUUGCUUGGUGGCUUAUUCUGGGACAUACAUCUCUGCGAUGACAGUCUUCCCUCCCUUCUCCCCCUUCUGCGACUGGGAACUGCAGAGCGCAUGAUAUGAUGUGCUGCUGAGGGUGGAGCCUCUGGUUUCAACUGUAACUAAUAAGGACAAUAAAAUUGACCCACUUUGUGGUA